AUGCCGUCGCGGGCACAAAGGGCUUUGCCUGGGACAGUAGCCAUCAAUCGUAUUGGAGUUCUAGUUCGUGCAGUCAAUGUUGAUCAACUCGAAGCGAGGGGAAGUUGGAAAAAGGAAACGGUGGAGCUAAUCUCGGGAUAUGUACUGUUCAGUUCUGGUAUUCAUGCUAUUGGAAUGGACACCUCCUACGCACACCCGCUCGGAUGCCCCAGGAUAAGAAGGACCAAAUCACUAUAG